AUGGCCACUCUCAUUCUUCUCUCUGUUGUAACAAACGGUUCUGGUGACAUCGAAACUUUUAAGAUGCUUCAAGACAAAAGUGUUAACGUUAAUGCUAAAGUUAAAUGUAGCACAACUUCGCUUCAUGAUGCGACUCAACAUGGGGAAGUGGAAAUUAUUGAAUUACUUUUAAAUCAUGGAGCUAACAUUAACGCCAGUACCCAUACGAUACAGUACCCAAACGAUGAUGCAACUCUGUGUUUUGCUGUUUACGAAGGACAUGUAGAUUUUGUUAAGCUGCUUCUGGACAGAGGUGCUAACGUUAACGCCAGUGUUACACCACUGGGUUUUGCUGUUAAAAAAGGACAUGUUGAUAUUGUUAAGCUGCUUCUGGACAGAGGUGCUAAUGUUAACGCCAGUAAUAAUGAUGAUACACCACUGGGAGCUGCUGUUUACGGAGGACAUGUAGAUAUUGUUAAGCUGCUUCUGGACAGAGGUGCUAACGUUAAUGUCAGUGUUACACCACUGUGUGUUGCUGUUCAAAAAGGACAUGUUGAUAUUGUUAAGCUGCUUCUGGACAGAGGUGCUAAUGCCCAGAUAGCCAAAUGA